GGUCUUGUUUUGCCUAUUUUUCAUUCAUAUCAUGCAAAUCAAAGCUCAUGAGCGACACUCUUCCAAAAAUGUGUAGUCCCAUACGAAUAUAGCCGACAAACCCGCGGAAUGAAACCAUUUAGUUUACAAAUGAUGUAAUGACGACUGUGUUUAACUAUAUGAUAUUACAUGCAAUACUUCAUUUUCAAAUUUUAGAUACGAGUCCGAAAAUGAAUAUACACAUCUUAUGGAGAGUUGUGGCACUAUUUGUAUGCUUGAUAUACAAAACUGUUCAUAGCGAUAAUGGAAAUGUCGUCAUCCAAGGACAAAUUAAGUCUAGGUUGAAUAGAUUUCAUAAAAUAUUCAAACGUGGGGUAGAACCUACAUUUGGUUCACUUACGACGAUAAAACUUGCAGUGAUUCUUCCCACACGAGACCCUUUUCUUUUUCAAAAAGGACUAGUCCAGCCAGCGAUUGAUUAUGCAGUAAAUUCAGUCAAAAAUGACAUGGCGGCAAUAGGAUACAAAUUAGAGCCCGUCUAUCGAGAUUCAUUUUGUAGCAGACGAGCGGCACUUGCUGUUGUGGAUUUAUAUUACGAUGAUGAUGCAAUGUAUAAUCGGUCACUCUCGAUGCCUGAUGGCAAAAAUAUUGGAGUCGGUGGAUUUGUCACUACACAAGGGUACAAAAAGGACGCUAAACGACGAAAGCGGAGUCCAGGUAACAUGAGAGGUCGAGACCGUAAUUCACCAUUAGUGUUUCUUGGUCCUGUUUGCAACGAAGCAACAUCGAUUGUAUCAGCUUUUGCAGAAAACUGGAACGUCCCAUUAAUCACAAGUGGUGCCCCAGCCGCUUGGAUAACGCCUGGCCCAGAUUACCCCACUCUGAUUAGGGUGUCUCCAAGUUACUUGUACUUAGCUUACUUCAUAUCAAUCUUAUUCAAUAACCUUGGCUAUGGAACGAAAGUACCAAUACAUUUGUUGUAUGAAGAUGUCAUUCAAGGAAUUGCCGCAGAAAGAGAAUGCCAUUACGUCAUGCAAGCUGUUUAUCACGUGCUCAAUCGUGAUCCGUACAUGAGGCUAUAUGGGCCUACCUAUAUUACGAGCGGAGACUUCGAUGACGAAAGAAUUGCUUCAGACAUGGGAGACCCCAGAGUUGUGCUCAUGUGCGCUUCCAGUGAUGUUGUGCGGAGAGUAAUGCUUGGAGCGUACAAAACCGGAUUUGCAAAUCCGAGACGUAACAUGUGGUACACCAUCGAUCUACGUAAUACAGAGCAUUACGCCAACGGGGCGUGGAAAAGGGGAGACGACCAAGAUGAGAUUGCAAAACUUGCUUACAGAGCUUUACAAGUUAUAACAAUUUAUACCAACAAUGCACCAAGGUUCAAAAAUUUUGUCAAGAAAAUGAACAAAGAGUACGAAAAGAGCGGCAUUCAACAUAGCGGAACGGUGAACGAAUUCGUGGAAGGAUUUCAUGACGCAGUGUUACUAUAUGCCCAUGCAGUUCGACAAUGUCAUGAACGCGGGAUCAACAUUCGCGAUGGGCGAGCGAUAUCGAGAUUUAUGAAAAAUGUCACCAUUCAUGGUAUAGCUGGACCUGUCGUGAUGACUGAAAACGGAGAUCGGCAUGGGGAUUACAGCAUACUAGCUAUGAAAGAUUACAAAUUAGGGACCUUUUCCUCUGUGUACGAUUAUCUUGGAAGCUGGGUCUUAGUUUAUAACCACGGAAUGCCAGAGUUAGACUUGACAGAUGAAGCUUUCAUGAACUAUUCCCAGUACAAUAAUGGAGUAGAUGUCAAGGCCAUAUUAGCAGAAGCCGAAAGAGAGAAAGCUACACGGCCUGCAACAUCAACAACACAACAUGAAAUACUCGCGGGAAUACUCGGUACAUUCGGAGGAAUGAUUCUGUGUUUUGUUCUCAUAUUUGGUCCUAUGUGCUACAAUCGCAGACGACGGCCUAGAAUGCCUACGAGUGAAAAUGGAAAUGCGGUAGGAAACUUUCUCAAUGGAAAUUCAGAUCAGAUAUGCCUUCACAGACCACUUCGAGAAGAAGGUUCAGUUACUACAUGCACCACUACGUUAGAUGAUGAUCAGAAAUUGUAAUAGCUAUUUAGCCAGAACACAAUCUAACAUUAACAACCAUUCCCAUUCACCCCACAGCCUUAUAAGAAAUUGGAUUCUUAUUUUAUAUGGUAUUUUAUUGCAUGUGACAGUAACCAAUGCAAUAUUCUACAUAACGCUUUAGUUCUGAGCGUCGAUUUUUACCGUUAGCCAUAUUUAAAAUAGCUGUAAGAAACUGCGGAUGCUGAAAUUCGAGAAUUAUUCAGAAAAAUUGGCCAAACUCGCUCAUAAUUUGUUACUUGGUGUUGACGUGAAUUGAAUCAAUCUGCAGAAGAAUUUGGGCUCGAAGCUGUCGAGAUGGCAGCGAGCGAACCAUUCAAGUUAUGAUUCCCAUUCCAAACUAAAUUUACCUUACGUGAGCUCGAUGCUUGAAAUAAUUCUUGCGAAAUGUUUUGCUUAGUGGCAGUAUGUACUUACAAUGCGCCUCAAUUCAUUUUGCUUAUAUCAUUCAUGAACGAAUUUUAACCGUAUUCUACAAAGUGUUUUGACCUUGUGAAGUUUGCCUUGUUUUUUUUAUAUCCAGUAUUAGUUGAUUUUUUUUGCAUUCUGAUAACUGUGUAAAAUGAAACACUUUGUUUAUUUGGUAUAUAAGGAAAUAUAUUUUCUGAAAAA